CCGCGGGCUCCCCUGGGGACGGCAGCCCCGCCGAGUCCGGCCCUUCCCCCGAGAAGGCCGGGGGGCGGCGGGACGGGCUGGCCUUUGCAGACACCUCUGGGGUGCCCGGGGAUGGAGCCGUGAGGCCGCCGUGUGCCAGCGAGAGGAGUGUUGUUUUGAAGAAUGUCUGGAAGUUUCUACUUCGUGAUAGUUGGUCAUCAUGAUAAUCCCAUAUUUGAAAUGGAAUUUCUGCCUCCUGGAAAAGUAGAGUCAAAGGAUGAUCAUCGCCAUCUCAACCAGUUCAUUGCCCAUGCUGCUCUUGACCUCGUAGAUGAGAACAUGUGGCUUUCUAACAACAUGUAUUUGAAGACUGUGGACAAGUUUAACGAAUGGUUUGUUUCUGCUUUUGUCACAGCUGGACAUAUGAGAUUUAUAAUGCUUCAUGAUGUAAGGCAAGAAGAUGGAAUUAAGAACUUCUUUACUGAUGUAUAUGAGUUGUAUAUAAAGUUUGCAAUGAAUCCAUUUUAUGAACUCAAUACUCCUAUUCGAUCCACUGCCUUUGAAAGGAAAGUCCAGUUCCUUGGGAAGAAACACCUGUUAAGCUGAAUAAAUAAAUUUCCUGAAUACAGAUAAGAACAGCCAAGCUUCUGUGGUUAAAAAUGUUAUCUCAAGAAGUUUCCUUUUACAUGAUAUGAAAACAAAGUUUUAAACUGUCAGAGGCAGCAGAGAUACAAAAGAAGAACUGAGACAUUAUGUGUUAAUGCAUAUGGAAAGUGUAAGCCUCUGACACAGGGUGGGAGGAAAUCAGAACUAAAUGCAAAAGAUGUCACCAGUCAUCUGGUUUAAUGUGAACAAAAGGGAAUUCUUGACUGUUUGGCCUAAGUGCUUAAUUUUAUUGUAGACUUUCUUACUUGUAUUCCUUCAGUAGAGAACUCAAUCUGCAGACUAACCAGACUAACAUUACACUUUAUGGUAGUAAAUCAAGCCUCUAUUUAUUAAUGUGUAAUUGUAUGUAUAUAAAGUGCUCAAUAAAAAAAUUGAUAGAUCAGAAAAGUUGUCUCCAGUACUUAAAGAAAUUUUGAGGAAAACUCCUAAAGUUUAAAAGCAUGUAAUUUCAAAUUUUAGCGCAAUACACAUUUAGCUGCAGUGUUGCAUCAACAAAUCAGUAGACCAGAACAGCCAGAUCUGCCCUGACAUUAAUUCUAAUUGACACAUGAAAAAAACCCAAACUAAAUUUACACGUUUGAACCCAUGGUUUUUUCCCUAAUGGGAACUGCUGAAACUUUAUUUUUGUAAAUAAAUUUAGAGGAGGAUCAUUCAACCACAAAACUGUAUUUGUUGAGGUUUCAGAAAGGCAUUAUUUGGCCUGUCUGGCUUCUAUUCCAUUGUAAAAUGUUUUAGGGACCAUUUUGCAAAACUUAAAAUCAUUCCAAACCACUAACUUUUAGACAGAUCAUCUGGCAUACACAUACCUUAUACUUUGCUUGGGUUUACAGUCUUAAGUAUUCUGUUCCUUUUUGCAGCAAAUCUGUAUAAACUAUCUUCUUGUACUUUUUUUUUACACAACUGAAAAGUAAUUUCCAAAGGAAGUGGCAUGCUGUUCUAAGAAGUAUUUUGCAUAGUCUGUAUAAUUAAGGGGACCACAUGUGUAUGUGCUAUAAAUGUAUAGUCAUUAUUUCUGCUAAGCUGUCACUGUAAAACGUUCCAUAAGAAAAAAAAAACAUGAUAAAGAGGGUGCAAUAUUUACCUUAAAUAAAACAUGGAAUGAUGUAGUA